AUGAGAGAUAUGGGUAUUAUUUACCACAACGGUCAUCACCAUUUUGGGUCAGCCAUUGAUGGUGCUGACUGGUCAGAGUUGGUCAUCAAUGGUGAUGACCUGUUGGUCAUCAAUGGUGAUGACCUGUUGGUCAUCAAUGGUGAUGACCAGUUGGUCAUCAAUGGUGAUGACCAGUUGGUCACCAAUGGAGUUGACCGGUCCAUCAUUGAUGGAAUCGACUGGUCCAUCAUUCAUGGAGUCAACUGGUCCAUCAUUGAUGGAGUCGACUGGUCCAUCAUUGAUGAAGAAGAGUCGGUCAUCAAUGGUGAUGACCGGUUGGUUAUCAAUGGUGAUUACCGGUUGGUCAUCAAUGGUGAUGACCGGUUGUUCACCAAUGGAGUCAACCGGUCCAUCAUUGAUGGAGUCGACUGGUCCAUCAUUGAUGAAGAUGACCGGUCAGUCAUUGAUGGUGAUGACCGGUCGGUCAUUGAUGGGAUGGUUGUACACUAUUGA